UCUUCAUUAGUAUUUCUCUUUCUAAACUGUACCCUUUUUCUUCUUCUUACAACAAGUUUCUGUACUAAAAAAAAACUUAAACAAGAAUCAAGAAAAGAAGCCUUAAGAGUGAUCACAUUCCUAAGCAAUCCAUACCUUGUUUUUCUGAUACUUUGAUGCUUUUCAGGUCUAAUAUGAGUGUUACUCAAGUCUUGGGAUGAGAGAGAAAGAGGAGGCUGUGAAGAAUACUCUACGGUUUGUCGAAAUUAGGUUGUCUAAAUUUAAAGGGGCUGGAGGAUAACUUUUACUACUACCCAGAUAGUGAUUUUGAUGGAGGAGAUGUACCGGGCGGUUUCUGUGCCAUAUAGAUUAGGUAAUUCGGUCUGUGAUAACUCAACUACAGUGACCUAUAUGGAUAUCACUAAGUUAAAGUUGAUGGCGGAUUCCACAAGCUUGUUUUCAGAUUCUGCACCUAAGGGUUCUGCUGAGUCUGUUUUUAGUGGGGGUGUGGAUUGCAAUUGUCAUGAUUCAGUGAGUGGAGUUAGUGUUACAGCUGUGGCAGUGCCUGAAGCAAAUAGGAGUAGUGGCAGGGCUGCCUUAGGGGAUAUGGUAUCUGAAAAUGAAAGCAACUGUGUUGCUACAGAUGCUAUAGCACGGGAAAGUGAGGAAGAUGAUUCGUUAUUUAUGGACGCUGAUCAUAGUCUUGAUAGCUCUUGUUCUCUUUCUGUUGUGAGUGACACAAGUAGUCUAUGUGGCGAUGAUUUCUUAAAUUUAGAGGGUGUGUUUGAGUCAGGGAUACCAAGUUCCAUUGAUGUUGAGAAGAGUAUUUGCAACGAUGAGAUUGUUACAAAUGCCACAGAGUUGGGGGAGUCGAAUGUUGAGGAGGAGAUUGUGAGUGGUCCUCUUGUUGUGUCAGGGAAUCUUGGUGUAGAGAUUGCUGAUGGAUCUAAUUCAAAAUUACCUGCAGUUGUGCUUCAGAUGCCGUUGGAGAAACAGAUGAGUGCAUCAUUUGGCCGCAGUGUUUUUGAGGUGGAUUGUGUGCCCCUUUGGGGAUUCACCUCUAUGUGUGGAAGGAGACCAGAGAUGGAAGAUACAGUUGCAACUGUGCCUCAAUUUUGGAAAAUUCCAAUUCAAAUGCUAAUUGGUGACCGGCUAGUAGAUGGCAUGAGCAGGUUUUUAAGUCAUUUGUCCGCUCAUUUCUUUGGAGUAUAUGAUGGCCACGGAGGCUCUCAGGUUGCUAACUAUUGUCGUGAUCGAGUUCAUGUUGCUUUGACUGAGGAGUUGGAAAAUUUUAUGGCCAGCUCCAAUGAUGGAAAUAUUAAGGGUAAUUGUCAAGAGCAGUGGAGAACAGCAUUCACCAACUGUUUUCUCAAGGUUGAUACCGAGGUCGGAGGACAAGAUGAUAUUGAACCUGUUGCUCCGGAAACUGUUGGUUCUACUGCUGUUGUAGCUAUCGUUUGUUCAUCUCAUAUCAUAGUGGCGAACUGUGGGGAUUCAAGAGCAGUCUUGUGUCGUGGCAAAGAACCUGUGGCAUUGUCUGUAGAUCACAAACCGAAUCGAGGAGACGAAUAUGCAAGGAUUCAAGCAGCUGGAGGAAAGGUCAUACAAUGGAAUGGGCACCGAGUUUUUGGCGUUCUGGCAAUGUCAAGGUCCAUUGGUGACAGAUAUUUGAAACCAUCAAUCAUUCCAGAUCCAGAAGUGACUUUCAUUCCUAGAACAAAAGACGACGAAUGCCUGAUCCUGGCCAGUGACGGCUUAUGGGAUGUGAUGACGAAUGAGGAAGUGUGUGAUAUUGCUCGGAAAAGGAUACUUCUUUGGCAUAAAAAGAAUGGUGUUACACUUCCCUCAAAAAGGGGUGAAGGAAUUGAUCCUGCGGCUCAGGCAGCAGCAGAGUGCCUCUCAAACCGUGCUCUUCAGAAAGGAAGCAAGGACAACAUCACUGUGAUUGUGGUGGAUUUGAAAGCCCAAAGGAAGUUUAAGAGCAAAACUUAAUGUCAUUUGGCUUGUAUGAGUUAUAGGUUUAAGAUAUAGUAUUUUAUAUAGUUUAGGCCCUUCUGUUUUUCACCUGGGCUUUAUGUCUUCUUCAUAAGAGUAAACUAUCUCUAUGUACUAAAGAGCAUGCAAAUCUAGCCGUCUGAAGUAGUAAUAGGAGGUCCUUAGGGAAUUGCUUUCUCUUGCGACGUUUGAUUGUAUUCGUUAUUUUGAUAAUGUAGUGGCUUGUUACUGAAUUAUCAAAUUUGGGAAGAUAGCUUGUGAGUUGUGAUUAUGCAU